AUGGCUUCCACACAGUCGGCGCCAAAUCUGGCGCCACCCAAUGGCGCCAACCCAGGUCAGGGUCAGGGUGUGAAUCCUCUGCAGAACUUGACAGGCGACCAAGUGAAGGAUAUCCUUCAAAAACUUCGACAGAUGAAGGCAUCAAUGGAUGCCAAGGGCAUUCGUGUCGAGGAUUUGCCCUCCGACAAGAAAGAACGAUAUAAAUACUUCCUUUCGGUCUAUGUGCAAGUUAUGGCUUAUCAGCAGAAAAAAAACGCUGCUGCCAAUGGCGCCCAAGGCCAAAAUGCAUCUGCCCCGUCUGCUUCUGGUGCGAACCAAGGACAACCCCAGAAUAUCGGUCAAAAGGCCCCAACUGUUAGUGGUGGACCAUGGUCUAAGCCUCAAUAUGAUCUGUUUAGACACCAACAGAUGUUGUACGAGAAAGCAAAGAACAACCAACCGCUCACGGCAGCCGAUUUUCAAAGCCAGCAGGAGUACGCUUCAGUAAUUGCACCAUCUCGGGUGAAGGCCGUGAAGGAGGCGGAGAAGGUUGUCGAGAAUGCGGAGAAGGGGUCAGUUGAACCUGCUACAAGCAACGAUGAUGCUGUCCCGAAGCAAGACUGGUAUAAAAACCUUGAGCUUCCAUCCGUCUUGAGUGGCCAGAUCAACUAUCAAAAAUACCGCAUCCGCAAAAAUCGUCCUUCUGUCCCUGGUUCUUGGCCCUAUGGUCUGGACUCGCAGGAGAUCCGUGCCCGCCGCCAGGAGGUUGUCAUACAUGCAAUGGCUCGUCGCCGAGAUGAACUUGCUCAGCAAUCUGCCUCAAUCGGCGUGUGGGAUACAGGGAAGUCCGACGCACCGACUCGCGACGAUUCCUUGAAGAUCCAAGUGUACAAUGAGCUCGCAGCUCUAGACAAAUAUUCUAAACAGCAACAGCUUCGUGAUGCCAUCUCUCGUGAGAUGUUUCACUACAGCCAAGGAAUGACUGCAAAUCGUUCAAUUCAUCGGCGUCUGAAGAAGCCCACUUUGCGUGAAGCUCGUGUUACUGAGUCUCUUGAGAAGCAGCAACGUGAAGCUCGCGACACGCGCGAGAAGAAGAAGCAGUAUGAUCAACUCCAGGCCAUUCUCCAGCACGGCCAAGAGCUCGUGAACGCUUCGAACCAGAAUCGCGCCCGCUCUCAGAAAUUGGGUCGCAUGAUGGUUUCUCAUCACCAGUACAUGGAGAAGGAAGAGCAACGACGCGUGGAGCGUACUGCUAAGCAGCGUCUCCAGGCUCUGAAAGCCAACGAUGAGGAGACCUACAUGAAGCUGCUUGGCCAGGCCAAGGAUUCUCGUAUUUCACACUUGCUCAACCAGACUGACAAGUUCUUGAAGGAGCUUGCAGCUUCAGUUAGGAGGCAACAGCGUAACCAAGCUGAGCGUUAUGGCGAAGAUGAUGAAGAGGAGGAAGAGGAAGAGGAGGAGCUUGCUGACAGUGACAUUGAUGAAGCUACGCAAGAUCCCAACAAAAAGAAGAUCGAUUACUACGCCGUGGCUCAUCGUAUUAGGGAACAGGUUACAGAGCAGCCUAGUAUGCUUGUUGGCGGUUCGCUUAAAGAAUACCAGCUGAAGGGUCUGCAAUGGAUGAUUUCGUUGUACAACAACAACCUGAACGGUAUCUUGGCAGAUGAGAUGGGUCUUGGAAAAACAAUUCAAACCAUCAGUUUGAUCACUCACAUCAUUGAGAAGAAGAGGAACAACGGUCCUUUCCUGGUCAUCGUGCCCCUCAGUACAUUGACUAAUUGGAAUAUCGAGUUCGACAAAUGGGCACCUUCUGUCACCAAGGUUGUUUACAAGGGUCCUCCCAACGCCCGAAAGCAGCAGCAACAGCAGAUCCGCUGGGGCAAUUUCCAGGUUCUUCUCACGACUUAUGAAUAUAUUAUUAAGGAUCGACCUAUUUUGAGCAAAAUCAAGUGGACCCACAUGAUUGUCGAUGAGGGUCAUCGUAUGAAGAACGCCAACUCGAAGUUGAGCAGCACUCUGUCUUCCUAUUAUAACAGCCGAUAUCGUCUGAUUUUGACUGGUACCCCGUUGCAGAACAACCUUCCCGAACUUUGGGCCCUACUGAAUUUCGUUCUGCCCAACAUUUUCAAAUCUGUGAAGUCGUUCGAUGAAUGGUUCAAUACCCCGUUUGCCAAUACUGGUGGCCAAGACCGCAUGGACCUGAGUGAAGAAGAGCAGUUGCUAGUCAUUCGUCGUCUGCACAAGGUGCUUCGCCCGUUCUUGCUUCGUCGUCUCAAGAAGGACGUGGAGAAGGAUCUACCCGACAAGCAGGAACGUGUCGUCAAAUGUCGUUUCUCCGCCUUGCAGGCCAAGCUUUACAAGCAACUUGUCACACACAACAAGAUUGCUGUCGGCGAUGGCAAGGGUGGUAAGACUGGAAUGCGUGGAUUGAGCAACAUGCUUAUGCAGCUGCGUAAACUUUGCAACCAUCCCUUUGUCUUUGAGCCCGUUGAGGAUCAAAUGAACCCUACUCGCAUGACCAAUGAUCUUCUUUGGCGAACCGCAGGUAAAUUCGAACUGCUCGACCGUAUUUUGCCCAAGUUCCGUGCCACUGGUCACCGUGUCUUGAUGUUCUUCCAAAUGACUCAAAUUAUGAACAUUAUGGAGGAUUUCCUUCGUAUGCGUGGCCUCAAGUACCUUCGUCUGGAUGGUUCUACCAAGUCUGACGACCGAUCGGAUCUGUUGAAGGUCUUUAAUGACCCCAACUCAGAGUAUUUCUGCUUCUUGCUUUCUACUCGUGCUGGUGGUUUGGGUCUCAACUUGCAGACCGCUGAUACUGUCAUCAUCUAUGAUUCAGAUUGGAAUCCUCACCAAGAUUUGCAGGCACAAGAUCGUGCGCAUCGUAUUGGUCAGAAGAACGAGGUCCGAAUUUUGCGACUCAUUAGUUCCAACUCCGUCGAAGAGAAGAUUCUGGAGCGUGCACAGUUCAAGCUGGACAUGGAUGGCAAGGUUAUCCAAGCAGGAAAGUUCGAUAACAAGUCGACCAACGAAGAACGUGAUGCUCUUCUCCGAACCCUCUUAGACACCGCAGAAGCUGCAGAUCAAGUUGGAGAGCAGGAAGAAAUGGACGAUGAUGAACUGAAUGAAAUCAUGUCUCGUUCAGAAGAGGAGGUCAAAAUCUUCCAAGAGAUGGACAGGCAGCGAGCACUCACCGGUGCAUACGGCCCUGGGAAACGUUACCCUCGCCUGAUGUGCGAGGAAGAACUUCCAGAUAUCUACCUUCAAGAAGACAACCCCAUUACUGAAGAUGUGGAGGCUGAAGUUUAUGGACGUGGUGCUCGUGAGCGCAAGGUGACUCGAUAUGAUGAUGGUCUAUCGGAACAGCAAUUCUUGGACGCUAUGGAGGGUCUUGAAGAAGGCCGACUCACCCUGGACCAAGUCAUUGAGAGGAACGAACGCCGUGCUGCUGAACGUGCUGCCCGGAAGGAUAAGAAGCACAAGAGGGCGGCGGGCCUUCCAGACUCCUCACCGGAACCAGAGCCAUCAAUUAUUGACGAAGAGUCCGAAACUCCUCAAAAGAAGCAAGGACGUCGCCGUGGCCCUCCACCUAAGCGAAAGGCGGAAGAGCCAAUUGAAGAGAAUCCUCAGCCCAAGCGCAAAAGAGGCCGCCAGCCCAAGAUUCCCGAAACUCUGAGCGGUGCCGAUCGCGCCACCCUAACUCGUAUAGUCACCAGCACUAUUCAGUCGCUGAAGGAGAUGGAGCAAGAAAUACCGACCGAAGGCUCGGAUAGUGAAGAAGAGCCGCUUGUGCGUGCGAUCAUUGAUCCGUUCAUGAAGCCUCCGCCUCGCUCCCAGUAUCCAGACUACUACAUGAUCAUCAAGAAUCCAAUCGCAAUGGAGCAGAUCGAAAAGAAGUUGAAGCGCGAUGACUACCAGAGCUUGAAAGAAUUCCGGGACGACGUACAUCUGCUUUGUCAGAACGCCAGAACGUAUAACGAGGAUGGCAGUAUCUUGUUCCAGGAUGCUAAUGACAUUGAGGCCAAAUGCGUUAUGGAGUUGAAGAAACAGUCCGAGGGACACCCCGAAUUUUCCAACUUUGAUGAUCCUGGCUCCAUCGCUGGCGACGGUGUGUCAACUGGAGGCGCCUCGGGCACUGACACCCCCUUGACUGCCGGCACUCCUGGAGCCCAACCGAAGCUCAAGCUUACAUUCAACAACUCCAACUUUGAUAUUGGCAGUACCGCGAAUGGAACCGAGCCUAGUCUGGAUGAGGAGUAA